UUAUGAGCCUCUGGGCCGCCAGAUCACCGGGUUGGUUCAUCGGCACAUCAGAGAUGGGUGGAAGGACUACAUUGGCAACGCUGCUGGAUACAAGAAAUUCAACCGUCAACUGAGAUGUCUGGGUUGGGCCUCCAAGGUGCCGUUCGACCAUAUGGUCCUCAUCUGGCACAUCGCCACGGACCUCUGCUUUCACCACCCAUCUGCAGGUACACUGCUUCAAGGAGACGCCAUGCAGCGGGGCAGUAGGGAGAUCUCCAACUACAUGGUUUACCUGCUUUCUGCCCGUCCUGACAUGCUAACGUCCGGCACGAGGCCAGGUCUCUUUGCAGUUGCAAGUCAUGAGAUCGAGCUCAUCUUGAGUGAUAGCAAAGCACCACUUGACAAAGAAGAGAGAAUGGCACGGGAGAUUAUCGACAAGGUAAAAUCUUCGCCGGACAAGGCCGCCAAGUGUACCCUGAUUCCCGACGCCUGCAGUCUCGCUGAGGCAUUGAUGGAGCUUGAAGUCGAGGAGAGGUGGUCGCUGAUCCAGGGUGCCUGGGUGGAGAUGCUCUGCUAUUCUGCUGUCAGAUGCAGGGGGUACCUGCACGCCAGGAGCAUAGGUGACGGUGGCGAGUGCCUAACCAGCAUCUGGCUCCUCUGGUCGUUCAUGGGGAUGGAGACCAUGGCAGACAAGCUUCAGAGGCCAGUGAAUUCUCAAGAUGAACAUGGAUCUCCAGAGCACUUCACCCAAGUCUGAGAAACAGCGCUUGUGAACAUUAGCAUGCCCACUUUAUUUCGUUUACCGUACUAGUAUGUUCUUGUUUUCCUUUUCAUUUGACUGUAUGUUUCCUCUUGUUGUACACCUAGAGAAGUGGCCCACGGAUGGUACUCUUUGUAAUUCAUUUACCUUAAAAUCAUAUGUGCCUUUACAUUGUUACUUUUAUUUCAUCCCUCUCUUCAGCCAUUUCUGAAUGCAAUAAACCAGAAGACUCGUAAUGAGGUUGUAUAAGGAAAUAUAGGAACGGAAGCUCUCAUCUCUCGUGUCAUGGUCAUCGUGCUGCUGUGCGAAGGCAUGACUGACAGGCUGAUAGCAGCAGCGGUUUUAAGAAACGGACGCCAGAGUUUCAGUCUCCCCACACUGCUUAGUCUAUUCCUCUGGUGGUGGGAGAGGGCAAAGACGGGAUUUUUCGUCUAAAAAUAUUGCAAGAUCUAAUCAGCACCCACCAAGUCAUGGGAAGUACUAGCUAGUAAGUAACUGAUGUAUUCUGGAGACUCCCCCGGCUGGCCCUGCCUCAGGCAUCGACUCUAGUGACUGUUAGAGGUUAAUUUGUUGAGUCACUAUUCACUAACCUGGGUGACUGCGCAUGACAGUUUCAUACCAGGUGUGUUGCUUUGAUCCACUCACUACUGUUACGUGAUCCACUUACUACUGUUAUGCUUCCAUUGUCAAUUGUUACUGAAUGUGAUGGCAGGUGUGCACCCUAAUUUUGACUGCCAAUGAAAUUUCGGAAAUUAAAGCACCAGUUGGACUAAAUCUGAAAGAGCAGGCAUGUCCGUCUGAAAAAAAGGUUAUAGUUGGGUUGUGCAGAGAGGGUGGAGAAGCUGACUAGUAGUAGUAGGAGGGAUGAUAUACAGAGUUGUGAGUACAUUUUUCCAAAGAUUACAGAAACAUGACCAGCAGCUGUAGGU